AGUUCUCACUGCAUCUUUGAAUCUUCAGCUCAAUGGAGCAGCUCGGAAAGAUCUGGCACGAAGACCAAGCAAAACAAUGAGCAACCUAGUUGCAUCUUCUUAUUAUUGCAAUCCGAGCUGCCAUCCAACCUCAAUCAACGACCUUCGUCACCGCCACAAGGUAAGAAAAGACGUGCCACCAGUAGAUCCGCUUCAGUCAUCGCCGCCUCAAUCAGAUACGCCACUCUCCUGCGUUGAGUUUGAGAAUGGAUUGGAUCCCUUUUGAUUUGCGAACCAUGAGAGGAAAGAUAGAGAUUUCGAGAUGGGAUGGAUCUGUUUGGCCCUCUGUAGCGCCGACGAUUAUGUUCUCCCUGAAGUCGACGAGCGAGAUGGAGGACUUGACUGUGAAGCUCAGAAGUUCUACAAGAGCUACAGGACGCGGCGGAACCUGGCGGAUUACACGGUGGUGUUGGAGAAGCUGUGGUGGAAGGCGUUGGAUUUCGCCGCGUUAGGCAGAGCUCUGUUUCCUUCUUUGACGAUCUCAAGAUAAGAUUUCUUAUAUUUUUAAAUUUAUUUUUAUUUUUUUGUUAAAAAUAAAAAAAGAUAAAUAGUAAUAGGUGUAAAAUCAAAUUUUUUCAGUGUUUUGUGAUGACUUGGCAGCACGUUAACAAUCCAAGUUAACGGUCAAACAUAUAGUUUGACCAAUUUCGUUAUUUGAUGUAUAGUUUGGGCCAGAAUGUUAUAGAUCGAAAAGAUUGGUCAAGAUGUUUAUUUUGGUCAAAAUUCAGGCCAUAUAAAUAUAUUAACCCUAAAAAUAAUUAUCACUCAUGAUCUUCAAAACAGUAGAUAAAUAAUUAUUGAAAUAGUCCAAUCAAGUGAUACUAGCAUUUUCAUUUGCUAAAGUACUUAUGAAAACAAUGUCCACAAAGGGUUUUCUUAAUAAGCUUGAUUUCUUUUAUGAUGAGGCAUAUGAGAUAUCAUAAUGAAAUGACUAUGCACUU